GACGGAUAGAGACGGAGAAUCAGAUAUAAAAGAACUUGAAACGAUAAUAGACGUCGACAUAGUGCGCAUCUCUGAGUCUACGUAGCUCCCGAUAAUUGACAGAGGCGACAAUAAGAGAUUCCGUAAGGAUGCUGUACGCUUUCGCGGAGAUCGAGAGGCCGCGAGUCGUAUUACGAGCUGCCUGCAGCAGCGUAAUCAGCUGAGAAUGUCGGAGCAAAACGGGCCCAGCGAGGGCCCAGGACCAGGGCCCGGUACGGAUUCAGGCUGGUGGUCGGCCACGCAGACCUGGAAAUCAUCGACGUUAUCGUCGUCGGUCGCGACGGCGACGACGGCCUCCUCAUCGUCAACUUCCACUUCCGCGGCAGCGGGUCCCGCGUCAGUUUCCGUUUCCUGCGCCACGAGCUCCAGCUCGUCCCCGACGAGCUCCUCCACCUCGACCAACACGACCUGUUGCCCCCUGUCCUACAUCGGUGUAUCGAUGAGUCCGAGUCGUUCCACGGACGGGAAAAACGUGUCCGUCACUACUAUUAACGUACCGCCCAAUCAAGAGAUGCACGAUGGUAAAGGAGUGUGUAAAUAUCUCGGGGGACAGAAUGGAGUGACGGUGUCGGUGGUCUCGACCUCGGUGCUGGGAUGCGGAAAUUCCGCGGUCCCGACGAGCGGAAUCUGCACGAAUGCGGGGCCGCCGCAUAGUAUCGGCAUCGGAAUCGGCGGUAUCCUCGCCGCGAACGCGGCCGACGUCGACGAUCCCGAGGACAGCGACGGCGAGAUCAGCAAGAUUGACUUUCGGGGCGUGAAUUUGCGCUCGAAGAAGAAACGCGACGUAUCGGGUAAUCAGAACGGCGACAAGAUCAGCGACGGGGACGCGAAUGGCGACGGCGCGGGAUGCUGCGACGAUAAUUCGCAGCAGCAGCCCGAGAGACCGAUGUCGUGGGAGGGAGAACUCUCGGACCAAGAAAUGUCUUCCAAUACAAUUACUAAUCAGGACCAUAAUGAGGAAACGUCUAUGGAAGGAGUUCAGGUGUGCAGUACGAGUCCUGGACCUAUGGAACAGAAAUUUCCAAUUAAAUCAGAGCCAGAUUUUCGAUCUAGUCCGGCUUUCACAAUAGGAUCCUUUCACGACGCUGGAUUGCCUAUGACACACAACCAACAAUUGCAACAACAGCAACAGCAACAACGCGGUAUUGAAAAUCUAGAGCAGACUCAACAAAGCGACCUGCCGCUUCUCGUAGGCAAGCUUCUCGGCGGAUACAACAAUUCCACGCCUAAUCACAGUCCUAUUCUCAAUCCGCGACAUCAUCUAACCAAGCACAGUCAUACUAGAUCGCAGGUACCGUCACCAGAUUCCGCCAUUCAUUCCGCAUACAGCGUCUUCAGUUCACCGACGCAAAGUCCUCACGCAGCACGACACUCCGCCCUAGGUGCUGGAAGUCCGAUACCGUCCUCGUCGUUAUCCCUCUCUCGGCAUAGCUUCAACAAUUCGACCUCUUCAUUAUCCUUGUCGCUGUCGCAUUCGCUUUCGAGAAACAACUCGGACGCUUCCAGUAGCUGCUACAGCUACGGCUCGCUUAGCCCGCCUACGCAUUCACCCGUCCAGCAACCGAGACAUCCGCAUUCGCACUCGCAGCAUCACCAGCAUCAGGUGGCGCAAAGUAGUCCGUUGCAUCUUCCGGCAGCCUCGUCCGCUGUCGCCGCGCAUCAUUACUCGUCCUCUUCCGUGCCAGGUGCGGAACUGUCCCCGGACGGUCAUUCGGUCGCGGAGGAUCAGGAAGACUGUAGAGUACCCUCGGCCCCGUCGGGUAUUUCCACCAGACAGCAACUGAUAAACAGCCCCUGUCCGAUUUGCGGUGACAAGAUAAGCGGAUUUCAUUACGGCAUCUUCUCGUGCGAGUCAUGCAAGGGCUUCUUCAAGCGUACCGUGCAAAAUCGGAAGAACUAUGUGUGCCUUAGAGGCGCAGGCUGUCCGGUCACCGUGGCCACGAGGAAGAAAUGCCCGGCCUGCCGCUUCGAAAAGUGCCUGAACAUGGGUAUGAAGCUCGAGGCGAUCAGGGAGGAUCGUACCAGGGGUGGCAGGAGCACGUAUCAGUGCACCUAUACUCUCCCGGCGAAUCUCGUCGGUAGUCCCGCCGGCGGUAUGGCCGGCAACGAAAAACUGACGGCGGCCGGAAAUUGUAGUCCGGCACCGGCCGGAAGCGAGCACCAUUACUCGGUCAGAUAUCACUCGAAUCAUUCUCACAAGAUGCAGGUGCCGCAACUCUUGCAAGACAUUAUGGACGUGGAGCAUCUCUGGCAUUACAACGACAACGAUCGGGUGAGCGGGGGAAUUUCUGGGAAUACGAGGAACAUCUCCGUCGGCGGCGACGGCAACAACAUGUUGCUCGGCGGAUUCGGAGGAAGCGGCCCGUCGACACUCGGCAGCGGAACCGCGAGUGUUAUUGGCGCCGGAAAUAACGUAGGCGCGGUGGAAUGUUCGUCGAACGAUUCGAGCAACGUCGAUACAACAAACAACAGAGGAGGUGGAGGUGGAGGAGGAGGAGAGUCGGGUAGCCCCACCGGCUCGACUUCCACAGGGGCACCCGAUCAACAUUCCACGAACGGCAAUACCGUGAAUAAUAGCAAUUCUCAAAUCGCCAGUAAUUCCAAUAAUGGCAAUCCGACGCAACAUCCGGACUUUCUGUCUAAUCUGUGCAACAUCGCGGACCAUCGGCUCUAUAAGAUCGUCAAGUGGUGCAAGAGUCUGCCGUUAUUCAAGAAUAUCUCGAUCGACGACCAAAUCUGUUUGUUGAUCAACUCUUGGUGCGAGCUGCUACUCUUCUCCUGCUGCUUUCGCAGCAUGAGCACUCCCGGUGAGAUCAGAGUGUCUCUCGGCAAGUCGAUCACUUUGGAACAAGCUAGAGAGCUUGGUUUAGCGACUUGCAUCGAGAGGAUGCUCGCUUUUACCAACAAUCUACGAAGGCUGAGAGUAGACCAAUACGAAUAUGUUGCAAUGAAGGUGAUCGUGCUCUUAACGUCCGACAUAAGCGAAUUAAAGGAACCCGAAAAGGUCAGAGCUUCUCAGGAAAAAGCCCUUCACGCAUUGCAGCAAUAUACAAUCGCGAGGUAUCCAGAAAUGCCUGCCAAAUUCGGUGAACUAUUAUUGAGAAUUCCAGAUCUACAAAGAACGUGUCAAGCAGGAAAAGAAUUGCUCAGUGCAAAACGUGCCGAGGGAGAAGGCAGCUCCUUUAACCUUUUAAUGGAAUUGUUGAGAGGGGAUCACUGAAUUAUCAGCAUUAGUAUAAACCAAGCCAUUCCACGCUUAUAGGGUCCAUAAGCUUAGGGAAUCGGAUAUAAUAGAUAAUCACAAAAUGUAAGAAAGAUUAGAGAAACGAAAAACGGCAGAUGUAAGAUCUAUAGUGAGUUACAUUAGUACUUGGUGAGGGGAUUGCAUUCUUCAUAAUUAGGUUGCAUUAAUCAUAAAGAUGAGAGGAACUUUCUAUUUUACACCGGAAUGCUUCCAUAUAGGUCGCGCGUGUUCGUGUUCUAUCGAAAUAAACGAAUUUCGAAGCGGCCUACGGUACACUGAAUUCAUAUUCAGUGUGCAUGUAGAUGCUAAUGAGACUGAAAGUAUAAUUGACACGGAGACAUGCAGAGCAUUUACUUUUACAAUGAUAAGCGUGUUGUAUAAAUAUGUGAAAUGGUAUAAAAUGGCAUUAAAAUGCUAAAUUCUCUUA